AUGUCCUUCAUGUUGCAUGAGCCACAAGCCAGGCUGACUGGCGACUUCUUGUAUCGGUACUGGCUGAAAGCUGCAAACGAGCUCAGACAGGACAUGAAAUCGCAGUCUGCGAGAAGUCUGCUGAUUAUGGCGGAUGCCAGCCCCAAGGGCAAACUGGACGUCUGGAGUCCAAUCCUCUUCUGCGGCCGAGCCGCAGCAUGCAUGCCUCUACAGCGAAUGUCCGAUCUCCUGGCCUCGACAGCUUCAGUUGAGACGAAGCUUCAAGAAGCACAGAGGGCUGCCGACUCCUUUGCCGAGCUCAGUAGUGCCGCUCAAGCUGUGGGGCAGAAGAAGCCAAAGGCGAUCUCCACGAUUCGCCAGAAGAAGCUGGCAGCUCGAGAGCA